CAAAUUGUGAAGAUAUGAUAAGUGUACCAGUCAGCUGACUUGGCAAACAACGUCAUCCAUCGGCAAAAUGGCAGAUGGACCUUCCAAAAGCGAUAUAACCGCUAUUUUUAAGCGAUUACGGUCGAUUCCAACUAACAAAGCAUGCUUUGACUGUAAUAGUAACAACCCAACAUGGGCCAGCGUAACGUAUGGUGUGUUUCUGUGUAUUGACUGCUCGGCUGUUCACCGCUCGCUGGGUGUCCAUGUGACUUUCAUUCGAUCAACACAGCUGGAUACCAGCUGGACAUGGCUACAACUUCGUGCAAUGCAAGUCGGUGGAAACGCUAAUGCAACAGCGUUUUUUCGUCAGCAUGGUUGUACCACGACUGAUGCCCAACAGAAGUAUCACAGUAGAGCUGCCAAGCUUUAUAAAGAUAAACUGCAUUCCUUAGCUACAAACGCUAUGAGGCUUCAUGGAACAAAGGUGCAUAUAGACAGCCAUCAUGAACCCACAUCACCUACGACAAAGGAAGAACUAGAUUUCUUCAAGGAGCAUGUAGACAGCAUUGAAUCCACUCCUAUUGCAGAAAAUCAGAAGCUGAGCAGUGUAUCGGAGCCACAGCCAAUCAAAAAUGGCAACUUAAAGAAGGAGGAAUUUGACCCCUCGGAGGGACCUAGUGUGGAAGCAGCAUUAAGUAUGUCACCAACGACAGCAGCUGCACAGGCAGAACCUCGAAAAGCUAUCAUUGGUGCCAAGAAACCGGCGGGCAGGAAAGGGAAGGGUGGACUUGGAGCACAGAGAGUGAAAACUAACUUCUCAGAAAUUGAGAACAAAGCGCAGCAGCUGGACAAGGAAAGGGAAGAACUAGCAGCCACAAGGGCAGUCCAGGAGGCUAAAUCAGAGGAGGAUAAGGCCAAGCAAAUGGCAUCAAUGAGAUUAGCGUAUCAGGAUAUGAAUCUAGAGCGGAAGAAACAGGAAGACAAGUUGAAGCAGUCGGAUCCCAAGAAGGCGGAGCAGCUAGAGAGGCUUGGGAUGGGGUUCGCUUCUUCUAAGGGGAUGAGUCACUCAGCCAUGACAGACAUGCAGGUCAUUGAACAGGAACAGCCAAAUUCCUCGAGGUCAAAGUACGAUCAGUUUGACAGGAAAUCAUCAAAGGGGCGGAGCUUUUUUGAUGAUGAAUUGGAUGACUACACUUCAUCAUCAUCUAAAUAUGACAGGGACUUUGACUUCGAUAAGAAGGACUCCUUCAGCUCCUGGGGGAACAACAAUAAAUCUGGGAGUUGGGACAUUGACCGCUUCGACUCCAAACAGAGCUUCUCGGAAACCUUGUCCAGUAAACCGAAGAAUGAGGAUAAGCAAGGUCGGAGUAGAAAGACGUACGACUAUGGUUCACAAUCGUCUUCUGAGGAGGCCCAGAAAAAGUUUGGCAAUGCCAAGUCGAUAUCUUCUGAUCAAUUCUUUGGAAAUUCAGAUCCAGAUUUUGAAAUGCGUCAGAAUUUAUCGCGAUUUGAAGGCAGUAACAGCAUUUCCAGUUCACAGUUGUUUGGCACGGAAGCCGCAGGUCGUAAGAAUUAUUCCAGCAAUGCUCCCGAUUUACAGGAUAUUAGAGAUGGUGUUCGUCAAGGGGUCACAAAGGUCGCAGGAAAGCUCUCCAACCUGGCCAGUGGUGUUAUGAGUUCAUUACAGGAUUGAUAGAAUCUGCCAUAUUAAGGACAAGUACAGCGGUUGACAAAAGCUUUAUACCUUAUAUUUAAUUGUGGAUUUGAACUAUUGGUGGAGGCAGGAUUUUAAAAACAAAGUCUUCAAAUUGCUGCAUCCCGUGUAGAAUACUACAACUUCAGUGAUGUGCGAUUCUUGUGGAGACUGGCACAUUUGCCUCGGUUGGAUUUACAUCUGUAACAUUUAAAUAGAUACAUCUUCACUGUGUUGAUUUUACAUGGACCUGUACAUCCAUUAUAUAAAUGUUAUACGUGAAACUAUGUGAAUAUAUUUAUGUGCUACUUUUGGAGAAAGUGUGUAAAAGAUCAGGUUUUUUAAAUGGUCGACUACAUCCACAUGUAUAUAUAUCGAGUAGAAUUAUCCAUUCAUUCUCUCUCACAGUUACUUUUCUCGCAGGACCUGAUGUAUAGAAUAUCUUUUGAAUCAUUACUUCAUUUGGAUUGGACCUCAAUACAAUGCAGGAUUGUUGACCAGAACCCAAAGUCUACAGAUGACAAUAUCACAUGAGCAAAUAUCAACUUUAUUGUAUUGAGAGAGGGAGAGAGAAGACUGAAAGAUUAUGUCCUGAAAUAUUGAGAAUAUUUCCCCAUCAUCAUUUGAUUUCUGAUCACUGUCAAGUAUUUUGAAGCCCAAUUCCAACUUACUACAUGUCAAGACUAUAUUUAUCUAUCCUGUGCACUAUCUACAUACAUGUACCAGCUAACGACCAGUAUUCUAACACAACACGUUGUCAGGGCUUAUUCCAAAUGACUGUUCAAGUCUCCAGUGUACAAUGUACAAGUAAUGCAAUGGCCUGGAUUAAUGGGAUUCAGAAUUUACAAGUAAUGCAAUGAUCCAGAUUAGUAAGAUCCAGAAUUUACAAGUAAUGCAAUGAUCCAGAUUAGUAAAAUCCAGAAUUUACAAGUAAUGCAAUAAUCCAGAUUAGUAAAAUCCAAAAUUUACAAGUAAUGCAAUGAUCCAGAUUAGUAAGAUCCAGAAUUUACAAGUAAUGCAAUGAUCCAGAUUAGUAAGAUCGAGAAUUUACAUGUAAUGCAAUGACCUGGAUUAAUGGGAUCCAGAAUUUACAAGGAAUGCAAGACCUGGAUUGAUGGGAUCCAGAAUUUGCAAGUGAUGAAAUGCUCUAGAUUAGUAAGAUCCAGACUCCACCUAAAAAUGGAAGACAACAUCCAGGGAUCCAAAUUGUUCAGCAAUGCUUAAAAAAACACAAGGUGUAUGUCAAGUUAGAGUAUUGGAGCAGGCCUAUUUCCUCCUACAGGGCAACUAUUGACCCUUUCUUAGGGAAUUCAGCUUGGGAUGUCUGAUUGCUAUCAUACAUGCAUGAGAUGCUGUUUUGACCUAUGCAUGAUUAGGAUGAGAGAAAGAGUGUAUACGUGUAUUUAGAUUUAUUACUCCUACAUAGGUCAGAAUGUUAUGAAUGAUCGAAAUAGUUAACCUGCUGAUUGACCUGUUAAAUAAGUUUUCAUAUAAAAUAAUUCAAUAUCAUGUACACUGAUUUGAUGUUCAGACACGUUUAAGAAUGUAUACAUUGUCUGAUCGCAAUACAUGUACUUGUGUCUUCAUUUGAAGGCAUGGAGAAUUGGUGUAACUGUUAAGUAACAAAUGAAAUGUCAUUCACAUGGGUUCUGGGACACUUCAUUCCAUGCAGAUCUUUUCUCAGCAUAUUACGUAACAGAAAUUGUCAACUUACUGAAGAAAUACAUUUUAUGAUAUGUAAUAAAAGAUAGCGCAAAGUU